GUUCCAUCCGGUUUGGCGGCUGUUAUGGGUGAUUGCUCGUUACUCACGUUGUGGACGGACAUCGUUCACCUCUUGGCUAGUCGUGGAUUUACGAGAGUAGAUCUAGCGGCAUUUAGAUACCUAGCAUUGUUUCACGAAGAUGGUAAGCUUUUCACUGCUCCAGCAGUUUCCUACUCUUUGAACGCAAUCAAUUUUAGAUCACUGGCUCAGUCCUGUCAGAAUUUCCUUAUCGCUCGGCGAGUUGGUGGCGUCGUCGGAUCGUCUCUUUUGGCCGAAAUGCUCUCGUCGUCAAUUCAAAGCACAUGUGCUCGUUAA